AAAUUAGAAAACAAAAUGGCAAGACGAAAAAAAUUCAACAAUGGAAAAACAAUCAUAAUUCAAAAUGAACAAAAAUCACCAAAAAUUUGUAAUAAUAAGGCAAAAUCAGUGUCGAAUGUUGAACCAUCAUCGCCGAAUCAAAACAAACAAUUAUUAUUGAAAUUGUUAAAAUUUUAUAAUAAUUUAGUUCGAUUAAUGUUAUUGGAUCGAAAAGAAUUGAAACAAAUUCAAAAUGAUUAUAAAUGGUUUGAUAAUGAUUUGGAAAAAUUUUAUCAAAAAAUUAUCAACAAUUUUGCCAAUGGAAUGGAAAAAUCGGAUAAAUCAUCUUCACAAAAAACAUGGCGAAAUUUGAAGCAAACUUUUUUAGCAACAUUUAAUAAUAAUGAUUUGAAAACGAUAAAAAAAUUACCGCCAAAAAAUAAUGAUGCCAAAAAUUUAAAUAUCAAUCAACAGAUGGAAUCUGAGCAGCGAUCUAAAAUGAAACGAAUGUUAAAAAGAAAAUUAGAUGAUGAUAAUGAUCUUCAAACAAAAACUGAAGAAAAAUCAUGGGCCACUUCAACCGAUAGACCAAGACGUUCUUGUACGUUGAAAAAACCCGAACAACCAUCGAAAAUAAUUAUCAAAUCUAAAUCAAAAAAUGUUUCGGCGAAAAUUCCACCAAUAAUAUCCAUUUCUUCUGAUGAUAGUGAUGAUGAAACUUCAAGCGAUGAUUCGGAUAGUGAUACAACUAGUUCAACUAGUUCAACUAGUGAUUCAUCAUCAUCAUCAUCAUCAUCAUCAGAUAAUGAUGAAGAAAAUUCAAAGAAAAAUGUCGAACAAUUAGUUGUCAAUUGUGAUCCAUUUAAUUGUAUGCCAAGUACAAGUCAUAAUAAUAAUAAUCAUUCCAAUACGAAUUAUCAAAAAUCAACUUUAACAAAUUUUCUAACAAUUUUAUCACCAUCACCAAAUACAUCGUUAACAACAACAACAGCAGCUGAAACAAAUGUUACUUCGAGUCCAAAUGUUUUAGCCAUGAGAAUAGUUGAUAAUCAAUCGAAUCAACAAUCAUCAUCAUCAUCAUUAUCGAUCAACAAUAAUCAACGAUUCAAUUUAAUGGCUACUGGCCAAAAAUUGCCACCAUUAUUGAAUCAAAAUUUUAAAACAGCAUUUCUAUUACCAUCAUCAUCAUCAUUAUCGAAACCAAAUCAAUCAUUUACCGGAAAAGUAUUAUUAUUAAAUUCAAAACCAAUAUUAGUACAAAAUGGUAAUGAAAUUCAAUUGCCAAUGAUUGCCAAUAAUCUUCAUAAUUCAUUAUCAACAGUUCCGGUUAAAAAUUUUCAACAGCCAAAUGAUAGAAAAUCAUUAUCAUCAUUAUUAUCAUCGUCGACAUUGAAUCAAUCAUCAACAGGUAAACAACCAUUACAACAACCUGAAAUCAUUAAAAUCGAAGAUGAUUCCGAUGAUGAUGAUAACAUUGAAAUGCCUAACAAAAUUUCGAAACCAAAUACUGCAUUGGAAAAUUGUGUUCAAACAAAAAAACAAAACGAACAGAAACAACAACAACCACAACAACAAAAUUCUAAUCAUGAAUCAUCAUCAUUGAAAAAAUCAUCAUCAACAUUCGGAAAAGAACAGAUAUUACAUUCAACACCAAAUCCACAAAACAAUGGUCAAUUGGCUAAUGUUCCAAUGCAAUUAUUACAGAAUCAUGGAUUGGUUCGGCCAAAUCGACCAACACCAGCCAUACUACGAUCAACAGCUAUCAAUAAAAUUAUUUCAAAAUCGCUAAAUCCAAAUCUAUCACCAUCAUCAACACCAUCAUCGAUUGUCAAACAAUCAAAUGAUCCGAAAAUAUUUCAUAGUCAUUGUCAAUGUGAUGAAGAUUGGAAAACAUCUAAAAAAGCUAAAAAAGCCGAAUAUAUGAGAAGAUAUCGUAAAAAUAAAAAAGCACAAAAUCAAAACACUAAUUCUUUAGUUGAUCAAAACAUUUUAAAAAAUGAAUAAAUUGUUUUUCAAUUCAAUGUUCGAAAAUUCGAU